AUUGGAAUUGUGGAUUCGCGUUGUUUACGUAACGGAGUCCCGGGUUACUCUUGCGGCGUGCGUGGAAUUACAGGCGAUGUAGCCUGAUCAUGAACUGGACACCGGAACAAAAACAGCUCCACUGCGUUUGAAUUAAAAUCCAGAAUGUGUGUCAAAGCAACCCGGGGGUCCUGAAUGCGAGCCGAGAGUAGAAAUGCAACCGUUUUAAUAGAAACAAUCUAUUAUAAAUGCAGAUUAUGAUUGAUAACCCGAUGACUGUACUGCAAGCAACGCGCGGCUUCGCUCAAUUAAACCCAGCAGAUUAAGGACGUUACCACCUGGCACUGAAAUAACCAAACAGCAAUAAGAGAGAGCCGCAGACUGGGAUGGGUGCUGGCGUCAGUCACAGCAGUAACACGGAGAAGGGCUUGCUUGCCGAUAACCCCUGCGGUUCAGGCUGGAGGGGUCUGCUGUCCAGUGUGGGUAUCUCGCUCCCGACUGGACUCUGCCAGUUCGGCCCGUUCCGCUUCACGCGGCGCAAGAUCAAAGACAAACCCGAGCAGGGUCCGGAGCUGCUGCCGCUGCCGCCGCCUCUCCUUCAGAGCCCCGGCAAGGAUGUCCUGGAGUGGCCGCUGUCAGGAUUCAUCUCGCUGUUCCUCCCCGAGUUCCCGCACCGUUCCUUCCCCGGAAAGGAGCGCUUCCAGAUCCUGGACUUCAUAGCCAAAGGCUCCUAUGGACCAAUUCUGAAGGUGAAAGACAGACAGAAGGAGAAGACAUGCGCAGUGAAGGUUUUGCUGAAAUCUGAGAUUUUAAGGCAGGGGGUUUUGGAACAAUCUAAAGAAGAGGUGAUCAUCCAGCGCCUGGUGCAGCACCCCUUUCUGCACGACCUGCAGGACUGCUGGCAGACACUGCGCCACCUCUUCAUUAUGUGUGAGUACUGCAGCACAGGCGACCUCCACACAUACUGGUCCAUGAUUGGACAGUUCAGAGAGGAUGCCGUUCAAGUGUUUGCUGCCGAGCUGGGCUCAGCUGUCGGGUUUCUCCACGAUUUCGGAAUUAUACACAGGGACAUCAAGAUGGAAAAUGUACUUUUGAAUGACCGAGGACACCUGAGGCUGGCAGACUUCGGGCUGUCCCGUCGACUGGAGAGAGGAGGAAAGGCGUACACUAUCUGCGGGACGAUGCAGUACAUGGCUCCAGAAGUUCUGAGUGGGGGUCCCUAUAACCACGCUGCUGAUUGGUGGUCGCUGGGCAUCCUGCUCUUCUCAUUGGCUGCAGGGAAGUUCCCUGUCUCCGCGGAGCCGGAUCACUCGUCCAUGCUGAGGAUGGUCAGGAGAAGUGAAUACGACAUGCCGAGCACGUUCAGCCCACAGCUCUCCCUCCUGCUCAGUGAGCUGCUGUGUAAAAACCCUGUGCGGCGGCUGCACCACCUCGAUCGCUUCAAGAAGCAGCUCUUCUUCCGGGGCACCACCUUCGACACACACCUGCUGCAGAAGAACCCCAUGGGCCUGAUCCUGGAGCUGAAGAAGCAGCGAGGGCCUGGGCUGGGGCAGGGGCAGGACCCCUUCCAGAACUUCGACUGUGACCUCACCGAAGCACUCAACUUGAAAUGACACUGGAAAUGCACUGAUGAGAAGAACUUUAUGUUCUUAUGAUCAGUUAUUUCUAAAUACAAUUUUCGGCUAGAAAGACAAUCCGGAUUAAUCCAUCUACUGCUACAGCACGUCCGCCCUGGAGCACCGAAGCGGUCCAGUGGCAGGAGUCCAGCUCUCUGGUUUACCGAGCGGAUUCGAUCACAAACACAGCCCUGUUCUACAGGCUUCCAGUCAGAGUUUCCAGAGGCACAGCUGAGCCUGUUCAUCAGCAGUGUGUCAGUCAGCAUGGGGCUGUUGCUGCUAAGACAGAGCUUAGGGUUUCACUUUCAUAAGUUUGAUUGAACGGCAGUGCAGAACAGAGGUGCUGUAUAACAAUGUAACAUGCAGAAUAUAAACAUGGGAAAGCAUGCAAAACUGCCCUUUAAAUAACCCCUCAGCUUUACCAUGGUAAGCGUUUAUAAUGACAACCCAGCUCUGAAGACCCACCUGCACACAAACUUCACUGUGAACUGCAAGGUCAUCUUCUACUGAGAUAGCCUCCUCUUACAAGAGCAGUGUCAGGGGGUGAUUCUGUUCCAGGUGGAGUUGUUUUAUACUGUGAAUCUCUGACCGUUUAUUAAACCUCACUGUGCAAAUGAAACACGUGCGAGCUAAGACAAUCAAUAAAGCGUGUGAGACAAUUAAAAGUCUCAUAUAUGCGGCACAUGCACUUUCCUUUAGUUCAGUGGACUCGCCGCAACGUAAGUUUUGACGGGGGUUGUUCAAGUCUCUGUCCCGUAUUGUGUGUUAAAUAACUGAACUGUGUUUAGCGAUGGGAACGGUAAGGUAACAUGUAACGAGCUUUGCUAUUGUAGGGAAUAAUAAACAAACACCAAUAUGUUCUUAAAAGGAAAUAUUAUUUAAAAUGUGUCUCAAUACGUAGUUUGUCCGAAUCAUGUUUUUUUCCCACUAUUUAAUUGUGUAUGGAUUGCGAACUUUAGUGUUCACUAUAUAAACUCUCAAGCCAAAAUAAAUGUUGUUUCUGUAUUAUUGUUUGUUAUAAAAUCUCAGGUGUCCAAUUCACUAAUAAAAUGCUCUACGGAGUGUACACGUGUUUCCCUUGCAAUCAAACACUCACUGUGUGGAAUAAGGAUGCGUGAUUGAUCAAAUAGAGGCUU